AUGAAUUGUCGAGUAAAUAUAUCAGAUCUGGACGCGGCUGUUGCUCCGCGGCGCUACGGACUCGACCCGCUCCUACCCACCCUGGGGCACCAUAGCAUGUCGGGAAUAAGGGGGGACAUACUGGACGUAAGCACUCCCUUGGUUGGGGGCUGUGCCGCCCUCCCUUUCGAUCGAUACGAAGGCUUUGACGGUAAACGUUGGCUAAGAGCCCCCUACCUGCUAGUGCUCUUUUCUAUUGGACAGUCGGUCUUUACCUCUUCCCCGGUACCAGCUGACGGCCCUUACUCGACCUUAGCUUUUUCAAGACCCGGGCUAAAAGGGGAGGGAGAACCUUAUCCCAUGACUCACUUUGCCUACUUUGAAAAGGUAAGAUCUUCCGGCUUCACCAUUCCCGUUCUCUUCCUUUCAAAGAAAUUCUUUGAUAGCUGGGAGACCCACUUGUUAUGA